CAGCAGAGCUGUCAGCAGUACAGUGAGGGAGGGGGACUCUGUGGGAUUUCUGCUGUCGGGGCAGAGAAGAUACGAAGCCGGGGGAUUGGGGCACAGUCGCUGGACGCGAGGGAGACCACUGGUCCGAAAGGAUGCGGCGCUUCUGAGCGGUAAAGCGGAUGGGUACAUCAGGUCAGUGUGACUUCCAGCUGAGAGCGGGUAGAGGAACAGAGAUACGACCUCAGAAACAAGCAUCUGGACCAAGAAUAAUCUGCUGGUCACCUUAAUGAAAAUGAACAUGAGUCUCAUGGAGCAAGUGACCACUGGGACUGGUAACUGAUUCCGAGGCCAAUUUCCAGGUCAAGAUUUUGCAAUGCAGAAGUCGUUUUUAUUUUCCUUAUUUUUUUAGUGUUGUUACUAUUAAACUCCUCAGAAAAAAUCUCUGGUGCUGAGCUAAGAUGCUUUCAUUCUUUUAAUGACUGCCACUGUCUUCUGGGGGAAUUAAAAAUUUCGUGGCAAUGUAUGCUUUCUACUCUUUGCUGGUCUAUAUCUUCUACACGGUCUUCAAGAAGGAGGAGUUAUCCCUAGAGGGGGAGGGACCUCACAGAGCCAGCGACCAGAAUGAUAUGGAGACGAGGCAUGUUUCCAUGGAAACACAGAGCAGAAAUGGCCACACCCCCAGUUUGGCACAAAGAGGGUUUGACAGGUCCAGUGACUCUGGGGGCAGUAGCAGUGACAGCGAUGGUCUCAGUGAUGAGGAAGAAGAUGAUGAUGAUGGCGACCAAGACCCGGGGGCUGCUGCCAGCACCCCUCUGGCCGCAUUUCUGUCUUUCAAGCAGGAAGCGGAUCGGAGGACAGGAUCCCAGGGCUCACUGGAGCACGGAGGAAAGGUCCCCGAGUCCCCGCUGGUGGUGGUGAUGUCACACCUGCUGAGCUUCCUGGAGCAGUACGCCCACCUACAGCAGCUGCAGCAGCAGGCUGAGCGGUACCGCUCUCAGCUAGAGCAGCGCCGCACCCGGCACAGGCGGCAGGUCCGGGCCCUCCGGGCCUCUUACCGCCAGCGGCUCCGGGACAAGAACAGCGUCAUCGGCAGCCUGGAGGAGGCCAUGGUGCAGCAGGCCACCCCCCGGGGGGGCGACGCAGGGGAGUACGGCCCAGAGCCUGGGUUCCAGGCUGGGCUGCACAGGCUGGUGGAGUCUCUUUGCGGCCUGCAAGGCGAGAGGAGCCGGAUGUGCGGUGAGCUGCACUCACUGCACUGUCAGCUGGAGCAGAGCGAGCAGGAGCGGCACGCGCGGGGGCAGGCCUGCCAGCAGCAGAUCGAAGAGCUGAAGAAGUGCAUUGAGGAGAGGGAGGAGGAGCUCUCCAGACUGAGGGCGGAGUCUGUGAGUUCACCACAGCAACAAGUCAUCACCGUUAAGGGUGUGACGGACUCGGAGAAGCGGGUCGUCUGCCUGACGGCCGAGAACGAGAGCCUGAAGCAGAGCCUGACCGUGACUCAGGGUCUCCUGCAGCAGUUGUCGGUCCUCCCGGCCCAGUCAAGCUCCAUGCUCCUCAAGGAGAACGAGACUCUGAGGAGCCGUGUGCAGCAGCUGGAGAGUUCCCUGCACCAGCGGGGGGAGCAGCUCUCCCGCCUGGAGCGCCACAGUGAGCAGUCCGAGUGGCAGCGAUGCGAGGAGCUCAGGAGGCGUGAGGAGAGGCUCAGGGAGCUGCAGCUGGAGCUGGACAAGGAGCGGGGCAAGGAGCCCACGGUCAAGUAUGUCACCCGGACCAUGGAGGUAGAGUCCCCAGCGACACAGAGGCAGCUGGCCGAGGCCAGGGAGAGGAACGAGCUACUGUCAGACAAGCUGUCCACUCAGAGCGAGACGUGCCGGCAGCUGGAGAAGCGGCUCAGGCUCUCCGACGUGGAGACUGCCGGUCUCCAGCAGAAGAUUGCAGCCUAUGAGGUGGAGAUAGAGAAGCUGCGGAGGGAGCUGCUGAAGGAGAUCGGCCACCUGGAGGAGCGUAAGGAAGAGGCGGUGAGAGCGGCUGCUGAGUGCUCCGAGCAGCAGCUGCAGAGCCUGCGACAGCAGUUCAUGGGCCUGCAGAAGCGUCUGGCCGCUCUCCCCCCGACCCUGCGCUCCGUGAAGACGGACUACGCCAGCCUGCGCAGCCAAGUCCGCAACUUCUCAGAUUUCUACGGGGCUGCUGUGGCGGAGGCCAAGAAACAGCUUUCUGUGGUCAUCAGUGAGAUGUCGGAGGCCAACAAGGACCUGCUGGAGAAGUACAGAAAGGAGGUGGCGCUGAGGAGGAAGUACCACGAGCAGCUGCUGGAGCUUAAAGGGAAUAUCCGCGUGCUGUGCCGCGUGAAGCCCGUCCUGAGGGAGGACCAGCAAGGGGACGGGCAGGCGGUCGUCGUGACAACAGACCCUGACAAUGAGUCGGCCAUCAUCGUGCUGCAGAAGGGGAAGAGCCGCACGUUUGAACUGGACAAGGUGUUCCAGCCUCAGGCUACUCAGGAAGAGGUUUUCCAGGAGAUCGAACCCCUCGUGACCUCCUGCAUUGACGGAUAUCAUGUCUGCAUCUUUGCUUAUGGACAGACAGGAUCUGGGAAAACAUACACCAUGGAGGGCACCGUGGAGAAUCCAGGUAUCAACCAGCGUGCUCUGAAGCAUCUCUUCAGUGAGAUGGAGGACAAGAAGGACAUGUGGACCUACUCUGUCAACGUCAGCUCAGUGGAAAUCUACAAUGAAGUUCUCAGGGAUCUGCUCAGUAAAGAUGGAGAGAAGCUGGACAUCAAGAUGAACCCAGAUGGCACUGGCCAGCUCCAUGUCCCUGGUCUUAGGGUUAUUGAGGUUAAGAACUUCAAGCACAUUAAGAAGAUUCUGGCCAUGGCAAAGCGGAACCGGAUAACUUUUGGGACCCAGAUGAACCACAACAGCUCUCGCUCCCACGCCUUGCUGACCAUCACUGUGCUGGGAACAGACCUCAUCAGUGGGGCCAAAACAUGCGGCAAGCUGAACCUGGUGGACCUGGCUGGUUCAGAGCGGGUGUGGAAGUCCGGAGCAGAGGGCGAACGCCUCAAGGAAGCCCAGAACAUCAACCGCUCCCUGCUGGCGCUGGGAGAUGUGAUCCAGGCACUGAGGGGCCGCCAGACACACGUGCCAUUCAGGAACUCCAGACUCACCUACCUGCUGCAGGAUUCCCUGGGCAAGGGCAACAAAACAGCCAUGGUGGUACAGAUUUCUGCCCUGGAGAGGAAUGUGGGGGAGACUAUGUGUUCGCUUAAGUUUGCCCAGCGGGUGUGUAAGGUGGAGCUGGGACCCGCCACACAGAAGAUCGACAGGACAGCCCUGUGCGAACAGUGCUCCUGAAUCGACCAGGGCUACCAACUGUCUUGGAGGACAACAACUGCUAGGCCUUGAAAGCAGACCUAAAAACCUCAAUACUGACUGAGCCGAUCCACCGACUCCUAGAUGGAUGGCCUGCGGAGGCCUUCCGUCAUCAUCAGUGGUUCUCCAGCAGAUGCAGGGACAGAAGCGCUCUAUCGGGAACCGAAACCUUGGCUCAGAACAAUGAGGGCGGCCAAAUGGGGAAGAGGACAACACCAAACAGCUUCACAAACCUGCAGCCUAAAAGCAGAUACUCAUGUUAAGUAGAAUAAGAAACCUCCUUUUAACACUGGUCAGCAGGGGGCGCUGUGAGUGCCGAACAUCUGGGUUCUUGCACGUCUUGGCUUUCAGAAAUGGCUGCUCCUCAGCCGACUUGCAUGCGAAGAACUUCAAUGCUGCAGCCUCAGUGCCAAAACAAGCUGCAUCACACUGGCCUGCUGUGCACCCAGACCCCCUAACAGUGAACAUUCUUGGUUUUACUGCAUUUACAGGAAACCAGGGCAGGGUUGGCUGAUCCCCACUUAAAACAGUCACAGCAGACUGCCCUGUCUUACAGCAGUUAUCGCUCUCUUGCUAUUGUGAAGGGGGCCAGCCUCUAGCAGUGAGGUACAAGAGAAUAGCAGUGGAGGUUCUGAAAUGUAAUAGCAUCAUAUAGAAGAAACGUCUGCUUAGGAAGUAACAUUUUAAUACUCUUUGCUUUUGUGAAGUUUGAGGUGCAGCAGGUGUGCAACACAAGCCAAACAUGAACCUUGGUAUAUUUGGCAUUCCUUACAUGUGAUUUUUAGCCCUUGGGAGAGAUUUAGUCAGCUAUCAUGUUACAUCUGUAGUACAGCAUUAGCCUUUAAAAACAUUCAUGAGAUUCUUUUCAACCUCAACCGAAUCCUAUAUAGAAUAAUUUUUGGGCUUUUAAAUGCAACUGCUGUUAGUCAGUGAUUAUUUGGUAUGUUUUAUUCUGGUGAAAUGAUUCUAGAGUAUAUUUAAAAGUAGUUUUAUUUAGUCGAUAAAGCCUCCCUUUAAAAUGUAUAUGUACAGUAUAUAUAUUCCUAUACACACCUGACUUGAGACAAGCUCUCCAAGUCAGCGUCCCUUGAGCCAGUCCUCCGGACCCCCAAACAGUCCUCAUGUUUGCUUCCACCUAGCUCACCCGAACCAAGUAAUUAAGUACAAACCAAUCAAGAACACCAAAUAUUAGGGGCAGCUGCUUUGAGAGCAGAGCGAGCAAAAAUGGUGACUAUCCUGGGGUCCCCAAGGACUGGGUUGAGAAACGCUGCCCUAAGUGACAUCAAAUUAAAUCUCCAGGUCUAUGACAAAAGGUAAACUCAGCGCAGAAGAGAAAGAAGCACCUUAAUGUUUAUGUGGCAGGGUGCACUGGGUAACAGGACUCUGGCUACUGCAAGGGGUGAAGCGGAACCAAAGGGACAUCCACACAUAAUCAAAGAUGCUGAACUCAAAUUAUCACCUUUUCAAAAAGUUAAAUGAGUGUCAAAUGAAAGUGUCAGCUAUGUGACCAAUGUGCCAACGAUGUAGAGAGCAAUAAACCAGUAAAAACAAAAA